AUGCACUUUUCAAGUUACUUUGCAUGCUUUUUGCUUGGUUUCGUUUCUUUCACGAGUGCCAGCUUAGAUCCUUAUGAGAAGCUAGGCAAAAAGAGAAUUUUCUAUGCCUGCACUAACCAAAUUGCGUCAGAGGUUUCAUUUUGUUCACCUUUGGAAAGAGCUUGCCAAUGUGAAAACAAAAACUAUAUGGCAACCAUUGCUGGUUGUUUGAGAGAAGUUAAUGAGGAAUUGAACUUCACCAUCCAUUUCAUGUUGCAAAAUUGUGUCUACUACAAUAUUACUUUAACCGACGAAUGGUAUGACGAUGCCAUAAAGUUAUAUGACGAAAAGGCCAAAUCUGCUAGUGAGAUACCAAACUUUAACAUGAGCAUUCCAAUUGACGUUCCAUUCAUAGUGAACAAGACCAUGACAGGAGUGUUUCAAGAGGCAUUCAAGAGAUUUUACGACAAUUACGAUAACUCAGUCAACUAUGGUGCUGGUAUGUUAGGUUACUGGUUAUUGGUGUUGAUAUUGAGUGCUAUAUUCAAUUGGACAAAGAUAUUCUUUCCUAAUGCCACAAAGAGGAUGACAGGUCCCAUCGUCAAUUGGUGGAGGGAAUACGUUUCCAUGCCAGCAACUUUCAGAGUUAAGAAGCUGCAGGAACAAAGCUUUUUACGGUAUUUUGGCUUCUUGAUCCCCUCAAGACUUGAAUCUUUGGUUAUUUUUUUGUUUUAUUGUGUCACUAUAUGGGUUCAUGCAAUGAACAGUAAGGCUAUAGAAGGCGAUCCAGUUUUUGGUUCCAAAUAUCAGGCUGAAUUGAGAUAUGUUUCCGAUAGAACUGGUAUUACAUCCACGUUGAUGAUGCCGUUGGUAUUUUUGUACGCGGGAAGAAACAACUUUUUACAAUGGUUGGUACAAUGGGACUAUAGUACUUUUAUGGCUUACCAUAGACACACUGCAAGGAUAAUGUUUGCUUUGGCAGUGAUCCAUUCUGUUGGAUACACAGUUAUUGUAAAAGAUACUUACGCUGAAGAUGCUGCUGAGACAUACUUCUUUUGGGGAAUUAUUGCCACUACAGCUGGAGGGCUUAUCAUAAUCCAAGCUUUCUUUUACCUUAGGAGAAGGUGGUAUGAGAUAUUUUUGUUUUUGCAUAUUGUUCUUGCUGCUAUUUGGGUUGCCGGCCUCUGGAUUCACGUUACUGAUUUAGGGUUCAUCUGGUUAGUGUAUCCAGCUGUUGCUGUAUGGUGCUUGGAUAGAGUUAUAAGAAUUGGGCGCUUGAUUGUUUUUGGAUUCCCCCAUGCUGAUGUGACCUUGUUGGCUGAUGAAACAUUAAAGGUUGUUGUUCCUAAGCCGAGUUAUUGGCAUCUCAUUCCUGGAGGACACGCAUUUAUUCAUUUUAUCAAACCAACAUACUUUUGGCAAUCACAUCCAUUUACAUUCACCAACUCGAUAGAGAACAAAGACAGUAUUGUGUUGUACUGUAAAGUUAAAGGGGGUAUCACCCACAGUUUAUACCAAUCGUUGGCAAAAGCACCUGGAAGAACAUGCAAGAUCAGAGUUGGUGUUGAAGGUCCAUAUGGUGAACCAACACCAGCUAGAUAUUCUGAUACUGCAGUAUUCAUUGCUGGAGGUAACGGUAUUCCAGGGUUGUAUUCCGAAGUUGUUGACAUUGCAGAAAGUACGCCAAACAAAGAUAACAAGCUAAAGUUGAUUUGGGUGGUUAGAGAAUGGAGGUCGUUAUACUGGUUUUACGAAGAGUUGCUCCAUUUAGGAAAGACCAGAAUUGAAACCACAGUGUACAUUUCACAGCCAAAGAAUUACAACUUCAUUGAAGAAUUCCAUAAUAGAUUUGCCGGAUUAAAGAGAUUGUCGAUCGAUGGACUGGAUGACCUUAAGGCUGACUCCAGCAAAGAAGAUGUCAAAGUUGAAGAGUUGUCAGGCUCUGAAAAACAGAGCUCAACUGAUGACAUUGUGAGAAUUGACGAACCUAUCCCCACUGAAGAUGGGUCCUACCACAAAAUUAUCGACAUCAUCCAAAGUGAACUUUCUCACAUCAAGUUCAUUGAAGGAAGACCAGAUAUCGAAGAGCUCAUUCCACAAGAGAUUCACGAAUCGAACGGAUCCAUUUCUUUUGUUACAUGUGGGCACCCCGCCAUGGUUGACAAAGUUCGUUACUACUGCACCAAAAACGUUUCCAAUAAGGAGAAAAAGAGGGUCGACUUUUAUGAACAAAUUCAAGUUUGGGCUUAA